UUCUCUAAAUUCUAAAGGCUAAUGUUCAUCCCAGCUUCCUGUGCCUGUCUGAGCUGAGGCGGCAAGUUCAUGAAUCUCAACUCUCCUUUUAAAUUCUAUUUAAAAAACCGAAUGAUUGUAACCAGCAUCUCUACUAUAGUUGGAACAAGCGAUACAAAUUUGUAAGUCCUAAUUUCUGAAAUACUGAACCAGACAUUGUUCUCUACAAUCAACUCAUCUUGGCUAAAAAUUAAACAAAGGUUUGCCUCUCUCUUUUAUUGCUGAAACCAAACUUGCAGAAUUCAAAGAGUAACUAACUAAUACAAAACUACCUGCAAAGGUAGCGGUGAGAGAUUUUAGAGCCAUAGCAUUACCUCAAUUAAACUAUACUGCUACUGGCCAGUGCUGGGGAAAAAGACACUUCUUCAUGAUCAUUUUUUUGCGGAAGCUGAGAGGAAUCUAAAAGCUAAGAAUCAUGCCUAAGAAGAUGAAAGGAGAGAACUCCAAGGCCGUGGAGGCCAAGGCAAGGAAGGCUGAAGCCAAGGCUGCGAUAGCCUCGCAGAAAGAGAAAGAGAGCGAGGACGCAUACUGGAAAGACGACGACAAACAAGUCAACAGGAAAAUACAAAGGAAGGCUGGCAAGGAGCAGAAGCGGCAGGAAGAACUCGCAAAAAAGGAGGAAUUAAGAAAGAUGCUGGAAGAGGAGGAGAGUAAUAUAAAGAUCAAAGUUCCAUCCAGCAAAAAGGGAGGCUCAGGCAAGCUCUCAAGGGCCCAAGUUGAGGCCAAUCAAGAACGGAUGGAAAAGGAAAGAGAGGAAGCAGCAGCUGCAGCCCAGAAGCAAGCGACUCACCUUGAUGCCCCUCUGGAAGAGAAUCUAAACAUCAGGCUGGCACAAGAGGAACAAGAUGGAGUCGUCUCAGCCAGGGACGUUGGAGAAGCCAUCUCGGCUCUCAGUGUCAAAGAUGCUGACCUUGUGAAGCAUCCUGAGAAGCGAGUGAAGGCAGCCUACGCGGCAUACGAGGAGGUGAACCUACCGAUCCUCAAGGCGCAGAACCCCAGUCUCAGGCUGUCGCAGCUCAAGCAGAUGCUGAAAAAAGACUGGAUGAAAUCCCCAGAGAACCCCAUGAAUCAGCAAUUCCAGGACUAUAACGCCAAGAAGUAGAUGCAUGAUGGAAUGGGCAACCGGUUUUAGGGUUCACAAAAUAUCUUGUGAGAUUCUGCAAAAGGACAUGAUGAAGUGUUUUGGGAACUGAAUAUACCAGAGAUUCCAGAGUUAUAAUGGUAUUUCUAAGAAGUUAAGAUGGCGUUGAUUGGUGGAGCAGUCAGCAAGUUUUAAAGAUGUACAUCAACUUGGAGAUGGUUUUAGGAUAUACAAUAUAUAUGAUUCGUCGUGGAGAUUCUGCAAAAGGACAUGAUGAAGAGUUUUGGAAACUGAAUAUACCAGAGAUUCCAGAGUUAUAAUGGAAUUGCUAAGAAGUUAAGAUGGCAUUGAUUGUUGGAGCAGUCGGCAAGUUUUAAAGAGGUGCAUCAUCACGGAGAUGGUGCUAAAGGACAGGACAGUGUCUCUACGGAUAAAGAUUCUUGAAAACCUCUCGUACCCAAGGUUCCAGAUGUAAUGCUGAGAAGUAGAAAUUGGAUUGAUUUGUGUAGCAGUAAGCGGUUCUAGGAUAUGGAUGCGUCAUCUCGAACUUGAAGACACCGAAAAGGACUGGAUGAAAUUUCUAGAAGACCUUUUACAUGAGGUAUUCCAGAAUUAUAAAUGCCAUGUAGUAGAUGCCGGACAGACUGGCAGAGUGGUAAUAGCUGGUUAAGGAUACGGAAGAACCAUUUACGAGUUUGACACUCUCUUGAGUAAUGACGAAAAAGGUAUCAAGGACAUCGGAUAUCGAGGAUGAACAGAACUCAUGACUGAUAGCUAAUGAAGCCUGUUACCUUCCGAUUGUUAUAUGACUGAAUAGGAAAGAGAAUCACGAGAACCGAGCUGUCAAACACUUCACCUUUUGCUUUUUAAACUUAUUAGGCAUGCACUCAGAAUAUCAUUUGUCAAACACUUCAUGAAGAAACAUGUUGCCAUUGGCCAAUACAGGAGUAAGAUGUUUCCAGGAAAUAAACAUGUGCAUGCUGUGGCAUGAAUUCUUUCAAAAAUAACAUGUAUUUGACGAUUUGUAUCCACUAUAUCUUUUGGUUUCUUUUAAUGAUUACACCAGACCUGACCUGACCACUGUAUUUUUCAAGUCCUGAUUCGACAGGGUACUUUUCUUUUGGCUUUAUUGGGAUAGCCAGAGUGUGAACAACAAGGUGUGUAAAGAAUGACUGCAAAGAUGUUUUGCUAACAGCGCAAUGCACAGCGUACUUGUUUGUUUGACAACUCUUUCCAUAUGAUGGAAUUAAUUUUUUUUUGAUGAGGAAAUUGACAUGGAACUCCAAUGAUUAGGAUUUGUUAUUUUUUCAAAACAAUUUUUUUGUUGAACAUGUGUUUGGUGUUUAUACAGGCAACUCAAAUUUAUAUCUAUGAGUGAUGACAAUUUAUGCGUGGUCGCUAAACUUACAUGUACAUGUCAGAGUCAGGGAUAAGCUCAGUUCCCUUUAAGUCAUAGAGGCUGUUCACACCAGCAGAGAUAGCGUGCGCUAGACCGCGCUAUCUCUGCGGUUUGGAAGGUACAACGUCGUUUCGGUCCGCCCAACAGCGAGCCACGGCGAGCCGACACGGCGUGCCACUGGAGCACCUCUUGGGGGUGGUCCAUGAGAGAUAGCGCGGUGUAGCGCGUGCUAGAAAAAGGGGGGUGCUACGAUAGACCCCGCUAUCUCAUUGCGGUGUGAACAGCCUCAUAGUCACUAACUCACUUGGAGCAUGUUAUUGUUAAUGUAUAACUUUGGUGCUACACAUAGAGAGGCAGGUGCAGAGAAAGAAGAAAAAAGAUCCCCAUAAGUUCUGAUUUGAUGAUUUCAAUUUCAUUAGAUUUCAUGUAGUGGGAAUUCAUAUAUAGAAUCUAAAUUAUUUAUAGAUUCGUUUUCUAUAGGUAAACUGCACCAAUUUCACCAAAGCUCUUCAUACUACCAUCAUUAAUUCAAUAAUGUUAGCAUUUCUUGCUGUUUACACAAGUAGUGACUGCGAGGUAAAGUAGUUGAUAAUUAACUAAUACUUAUCACAUUAUAUUUUUAUGCAUUUACCAAUAUUAAAAAAGGUAUUUAAAAAAAUCUGGUAUGAUCCAUUACACAAUUCUUUACCCUAGAUUUGAAAAGAAAAGAUUUAUCAUAUCCUAUUUUUCAAACGUUCGUUCGAGACGUUCAUACAUGUAAAUGAUGUAAUCAUUUGAAAAUCUGUGUACGACUUUACAUGUAUAUAAAUAUAAAUACAUGUAUAUAUAUGUUUGCUUCGUUCGUUUAAGUUGAGAACAAAUGUGUUCACUAUUAUUUCUUCAAUUGGAAUUGGCAUUUUUUAUGGCAUUUCAAGUCAUUGAUCAUUUGGAAAACAUAUACCGGUACAUAUAUGUAUGUAAAUGUAUUUUGUGUAAAUAUGCAUGUUGUCGAAAGAAGUUCAGGCCAAAACGCCAAAUUGCAUGAAAAUUUGGCAUGAAUUAAAGGUCAUCUUUCAAUAUA